ACAAUGGACAGUGUUGAAGUAUGGGUUUUGCUCCCACCUGCUUGUUCAAAAUGCAUUGAUUCAUCUGUAUGCGGUGAAGGGGAGUCCACCAGCAGCUUGGAGGGUUUUUAAUGAGACAGUGGGGGUAGAUGUCAUAUCAUGGUCUGGUUUUGGCGCACUUGAGGGCUGCAGAACUGGAGCUUGCUAGGCAGGUUUUCGACAACAUGCCAGAGAAAGAUGUGGUUUCUUGGACUGCUAUGGUUUCUGGGUAUUCACAUGCUAAGCGUUCGAGGGAAGCAUUAGAGUUGUUUUGGAAGAUGAGAGAUGUUGGAGUGAGACCAGAUGAGGUCACUAUCGUUAGUGUGAUUUCAGCAUGUACAAAUUUGGGCGAUCUGGAAACAGGAAUUAAUGUGCAUUCUUAUAUUGAUGAGAAUGGGUUUGGGUGGAUGGUUUCACUUUGCAAUGCUUUGAUUGAUAUGUAUGCAAAGUGUGGUUGUAUAAGUAGAGCAUGGCAAGUUUUCAAUAAUAUGAGCAGGAAGAGCUUGAUUACAUGGAAUUCAAUGAUUGUUGCAUGUGCAAACCAUGGAUAUGUUGAAGAUGCAUGUGGAUUGUUUAGUUUGUAUGUUGAAUUCAGGGGUUGCACCCGAUAGAGUGACAUCCUUAUCUCUUUUAACUGCAUAUGCACACAAGGGAAUGGUUGAUG